CGCGUGAUUGCACAUGAUCCUACCACGUGCCGGACUCCUGGGCACAUGCCUGCGUGGCUUUGCUGGCAGUCUGGGUGUGGGUAGAAGGAACGAGAUACAACUCUUUUGCGGCUAGAUCUGACUUCUUGCUAGAUACUUCGUAUAAUUGCAGUGGAGAGACGAGAAAAAUCGCGCACCGUCAGCGCUUGUACAACCUUCUGCUUACCCCCCUAGAAUUGAUAAAUAUUGUAAGAUGAGAUCGAGUUUUAUCGCAGCUUCUCGGAUUCAUCAGAAAACUGCUCGGUAGAAUUUAAGCUUGUGUAUAGCCAGCAUCAUGUUUGCAAAGCCAGUGUUGCUCCUUCUCGGAGGAUUCCCUUUGAUAUUCGGCAGACCCGAAUGCCGGUGCCAACCCAACGAGACAUGCUGGCCAGCAGACAAUGCCUGGGCAGCUUUGAAUGACUCCAUCCACGGCCAUCUCGUUCAAGUGCGUCCCGUUGGUAACGUAUGCCAUGAGCCCUUCUAUGACGAGGCCUCCUGCCGUGAAAUCGCCCGAGUGCAAUCGGAUGCCAAAUGGCACGCCCAGCAGCCGGGCGCCUUGCAGAACUUUAACUGGGAGAACUGGCCGGCAGAGCAUGAGAACUGCACAGUGGAUGGCAAUCCCGCCUCCCCCUGCGAGCAAGGGCGUAUCCUUCUAUACUCUGCAGUGGUGCACACGGUUGAAGAGAUUCAGGAAGCAGUCAAGUUUGCCAUGCAGAGAAACAUCCGCCUGGUCAUCAAGAAUACUGGCCAUGACUCCAGCGAUAUGUUCUGGGCCCUCCGCGGGGGUGGUGGGGGCACCUAUGGCAUUGUCACUCGGGCCACGUUACGAGCCUUUCCGGAUAUGCCAUCGGUGCUGGUGACCAUGCAGUUCACCACCCUACAAGCCGACAAGCAAUUCUGGUACGGUGUCACGAAUGUGGUGCGACUGAUCCAGGCCAUGUCCAUCGACGGGAACUCUGGUCAGCUUAUCUUGAGACAUCUGGCCGAGGGCAGUUGGACUGUCAGUUGGACCUUGUUCUUUCUCAACGAGACUGACACCGGAAAAGUCAAUGCUGAGGUUGCGCCCUAUUUACGUCCGUUCGCCUGGUUGGGCAUCCGAUAUCAGUAUAAUUGCACCGAGUACCCCAAGCUCAGCACAUAUCUCAGCAUCCCCAAGGAGAAGAAUGACGUCGGGGUAGGAUACCUUCAAAGCAGCGCUAUCCUCUCCGAGUCGUUCCGACAUGUUUACACCCCGGGUCUGUCGUCGAUCGACCCCAGCAGUACGGGGGUGUAUUUCAACGAGGCGGACCCGGACCAGACAGACGUCCCGGGGAUUUUCUGGGGCCCUCACUAUGGCCGGCUACGCCGCAUCAAGGACCGCUGGGAUGCCCAUGGACUGUUUGUGGCUCGAAACGGCGUUGGCAGCGAGGGUUGGGACCCAGAGGGCAUAUGCCGGAAGCCAUUGCCUUGGUAG